AUGUCAGAAGAAGGAAGUUCUGGAAGUUCAGAGAAAAAUACAGUCAUUCGUCAUUCGGAAAUUUCGCCAAAUCAAGUCAAAGUGCCGUUAAAACCAGGUUUUGGACUGUCGAAUUGGAUGACGAUUGUGAGGAAAGGACAGAACGUCUCUGGAAUUUCUCCGAGAAGGCCAGUUACUCAAGAUGAGCUAGCAUUGCAUAAAACAAGGGAAGAUUGCUGGAUCGCAUUUGCGGGAAAAGCGUACAACUGUUCUCCUUACAUGGAUUUCCACCCGGGCGGCGGGGACGAACUGAUGCGCUCAGCCGGAGAAGACGGAACAGAACUCUUCCAGAAAGUCCAUCGCUGGGUCAAUUUGGAGCGAAUUCUAGCGCCCUGCUUGAUCGGCCCUUAUCGCCCAAACGUCGCUCCUUCGAAUAACUUUCUCAAACCUCCGUGA